GGGAGGCAGGAGCAUCGCCGCAUGGGGAAUCUCGCCGGCCAACCUGGCGGCAGCAGCUCUUGAGGAAGAGAACCGGGAGCUUCGCUUGGCUGGGUUCAAGCCCGGCCCGCGCCACUCCCGGGCCGCCGCGGCCACAAUCGCUUCCGGGUGAGCGGGUCACCGACCCCCGUGGCCCCACCCCUCUGUCGCCGCCUCCGCCUGCCGCUCCUCCCGGGGGCCGGUUCCCGCUGUCUCAGCCGUGGCGCGGAGAGCACAGCGGAUCGACUGACUGGCCGGUCGCUGGCGCUGGGAGCCGCCGCGUCCAGCCCGGCUCGCCUGGCCGGGGACCCAAGACCGCGUUGGUCCGCCGCGCCCGGCGCCCCUCGUCCCUCGUCUCUCGCCCCGGCGGGCGAGCUGCGCUCCGGCCCUUCCCAAGCGGAGCCGCAGCCACAGCCCACGGCCAGAGACAGAUUUGGAAAGAUAAAUGAAGGAGUCUAGAAGCAAAAUCAAUGUCAGUGGAAAGAAGAGCUACCAUCACUAAGGCCUGAAAACAGAGUUAAAUCACUUUCUGAGUUAAAAGACUAUUAAGAACACAAGAUGGGGACUCCUGGUUCUGGAAGGAAAAGAAUGCCUAUGAAAGACCGAUUUUCUGCAGAAGAUGAAGCUUUGAGUAACAUUGCCAGAGAGGCAGAGGCAAGGCUGGCAGCAAAGCGGGCUGCCCGGGCAGAAGCAAGAGAUAUACGCAUGAAAGAACUGGAACGACAACAAAAAGAGCACUCUCAUCAUUCCUUUGAUCGGAAAUGGGGACAGAUUCAGAAGUGGCUGGAAGAUUCAGAAAAGGCCAGGUAUUCCCACCGAUCCCGUCAUCAUCGUCCUUAUCUGGAAGUUGAGGAUGCAUUGUCCACUCGAAGUCUUGGCAGUCACAGGAACCCAUCAAAGGAUAUAAGUGGGACACAUUGGAGCAGAGCCAGUACACCCAAAAGGAAAGACAUCAUGUAUGAUACUCUCAAGGAUAGAUCAUCAAGACUUCCAUCACUAAAUCAUUCUUAUAGUCACUCUUAUGGAAUGAAGAAGAGAUCUUCUGGUUCUCAUAAAGACCUGCUGAGUGGCCUCUACUUUGACCAGAGAAACUAUAGCAGUCUUAGACAUAGCAAACCCAUCUCUUCCUACUACACUCGGCAGUCUUCUUCCUUGUGCAGUGAUCCUCUGGCUACAUCUAAGAGUAUCAGGGCCUCUCCUACUGCAAAUUCUGGUCUGCUGAGAAGUGCUAGUCUGGCGUCAUUGUACGAUGGUGGAUUAUAUAACCCUUAUGGUUCUCGAACUCCAUCUGAAUACAGUUAUUACUCAUUAAGAACAAGUUCAGGCCGAAGCAGUCCUGUGUUUACCGAUGAUGAUACCACGAGCAUUGUGUCUUCUGAUCGUGCCAGUCACGGGCGAAAGGAGAGUGUGGUUUCUGCUGCUGACUAUUUUAGUCGCUCCAAUCGUAGGGGGAGUGUUGUCUCUGAGGUGGAUGACGUCAGUAUCCCAGAUUUGAACAGCUUGGAUGAAAAAUCUGACAAACAAUAUGCUGAAAAUUACACGAGGCCUUCAUCUCGAAAUUCUGCCUCAGCAACAACCCCUCUAAGUGGAAACUCAUCUAGACGAGGAAGUGGGGACACCAGCAGCGUAACAGAUCCAGACACCUCCUUAAGUGAAUUGCGGGAGAUCUAUGACCUUAAGGACCAGAUACAGGAUGUAGAAGGGAGAUACAUGCAGGGGCUUAAAGAACUAAAGGAGUCUUUGUCUGAAGUGGAAGAAAAAUACAAGAAAGCCAUGGUUUCCAAUGCACAGUUAGACAAUGAGAAGAACAAUUUGAUCUACCAGGUAGACACCCUCAAGGAUGUUAUUGAAGAACAGGAGGAACAGAUGGCGGAAUUUUAUAGAGAAAAUGAAGAAAAAUCAAAGGAGUUAGAAAGGCAGAAACAUAUGUGCAGCGUGCUGCAGCAUAAGAUGGAUGAACUUAAAGAAGGCCUUCGGCAAAGAGAUGAGCUUAUUGAGGAGAAUCAGCGCAUGCAGCAGAAAGUAGACACCAUGACAAAAGAGGUGUUUGACCUCCAGGAGACACUUCUUUGGAAAGAUAAAAAAAUUGGGGCCCUAGAGAAACAGAAAGAAUACAUUGCCUGCCUUAGGAAUGAGCGAGAUACGCUCAGAGAGGAGCUGGCUGACCUGCAGGACACAGUGAAGACAGGAGAGAAACACGGCUUAGUUAUAAUCCCCGAUGGCACGCCCAAUGGUGAUGUCAAUCAUGAACCAGUGGUUGGAGCCAUUACUGUUGUGUCUCAGGAAGCUGCUCAGGUCUUGGAGUCAGCGGGAGAAGGGCCACUAGAUGUAAGGCUACGAAAACUUGCUGAAGAAAAGGAAGAGCUACUAUCACAGAUUAGAAAACUGAAGCUGCAGUUAGAGGAAGAACGGCAGAAGUGCUCCAGGAAUGAUGGCACAGCGGGUGACCUGGCGGGACUACAGAACGGCUCAGACUUGCAGUUCAUUGAAAUGCAGAGAGAUGCCAACAGACAAAUUAGUGAAUACAAAUUUAAGCUUUCAAAAGCAGAACAGGAUAUAACCACCUUGGAGCAAAGUAUUAGCCGGCUUGAGGGACAGGUGCUGAGAUAUAAAACUGCUGCUGAGAAUGCUGAGAAAGUAGAAGAUGAACUGAAAGCAGAAAAGAGGAAGCUACAACGAGAGUUACGCACAGCACUGGACAAGAUUGAGGAGAUGGAGAUGACCAACAGCCACCUGGCCAAGAGGCUGGAGAAGAUGAAGGCCAAUAGGACAGCACUUCUGGCCCAGCAGUAGGAGGCCACCCUUCCACCCGGGUGCUGCUCUGUGGGGCCCUGCCCAAGGGACUGACACAAACCCCUUUUUGUCCAUUGACACAAACACCUUUCAGUACUGUUUGAGUUUUGUCAUUAAAACAGCUACCUUUGUAUUUUAUAAUUUAUGAGAGAAUGAAGCAGUUUUGAAUCUU